UCCCCCUCUCAGAUGCCCCGGCACUGCUCCGCCUCCGGCUGCUGCACCCGCGACACCCGCGACACCCGUGGCAGGGGCAUCUCCUUCCACCGGUUGCCACGCAGGGACGACCCUCGCCGCGUGCAGUGGCUGGAGAACAGCCGGCGCCGGGACCCCUCGGGGGGGGGGCGCUGGGACCCCUCCUCCAAAUACAUCUACUUCUGCUCCCAGCACUUCGAGAGCCACUGCUUCGAGGUAGUGGGGUACAGUGGUUACCACCGGCUCAAGGAGGGGGCCGUGCCCACCGUGUUCGCCCCAGGCCCCCCCCGGCCCCCCAGGACCCCUAAGCCGAAGCCCCCCCCGCCCGACAGCGACCCCCCAAAGCCCCUGCGGACCCCCAGGAAGUGGAAGUGAGUGGGGGGGGCUUUGAGGGGGGGGUCGGGGGGUGACGGGACUGCCCUGUUUAUUCCCAACACAGCUGGGACCCUCCCCCUUCCCAACCCACCUCUCCCACCCCCAGGACCCCCCACCUUCCCCACUGGCCUCCCCCUGACCUCUCCCGCCCCCAGGACUCUCCGGGCGCUCCCGGGGCCGUAUCCCGGGAUAACGUGUCCCCCCUCUCUCCUCUCCCCACAGGCAGGACACCCCCCCGCCCCCGCCGGCCCCCCCGUUCCCCCCCUCCCUCUCCU